CGUAAAAGUCAUCUAAAUGGAUUUUGGGGAUCAUCGUUAAUGCAACAGCAAAGUGACAAGUAUUUAAACUGGGUCAAAACAAAUGUGUUGUUCAGUCUGAAUUUCAAUUCUCUUAUAGACUUAUCCAGCAAAAAACUUGUUUAAAAAAAUGGAGGCUAAAUUUUUAAUAAUUACCAUUCUCAUGACUUGUGUGGCAUUGCGAGGUACCUGUGAUCAAAUCGUGAUACCCGAUGGGCUCACUUUCUGGCAUUAUUUCAACACAUCCAGAGCUCCGUUUCAAUCCGCUACAUCUCCGGAAGAAAUUGGUCUCUCCCAACUUGCCGGAUGGCAAAUCUUGUACCUCAAAUCGUAUCUACACACCGACAAUAAUAUCGAUUUUAGCUCGUCGUUCGAUUUGCCAAGAUGGAUUUGUAAAGGGACCCAGGUCCAGAUUAACAUUCGGUACUUUAGUUCUCUCGCGUCAGUCACAGUAUGGCCAAUAGUGGACAAAAACGCCACCCACGGUGGAAGCAGCUACGCCAACUUGGUCGACUUUAACGGAGGAUGGGUCAAUUUUGUGGCUGAUAUCGAUAUCGAAAGGAGUGAACAGGUCAUGUUGGAUGGCGUGAUAAUGCCAAUGGGUCAUUUCCUACUUGAUGAAAUAAUUUUUCUGUACACCGGAGAAAAAUGCAACACUGACGGGACAACUCAAACUCUGGAAACCGAUACUACUCCAUUGAAUACUGAUGGAUGGAUUACUGAUGCUACCGUUGCUUGAGCUAGGAAGAGCGAAUAUAUAAACAAUUUUUGAAACAUAAAUAAACAAUGAUGCCAACAAUUUAAAA